CCGGAGCCUUUCAUUUCGUAUUGGCGAGGGGUUGGGUAUCGUGGCGGGCGGGGGUGCUGCGUUCUGUAACCGGUUUCCAAGCGCCGUCACUUGCCUCCGCGGCAGCGGCAGCAGUAGAGCGCCGUCGUCCCAGCACACUACUUGCCCGUCAGCCCGUCGCCCCGGCGAUCGGCCGCGGCGUUCACUUGUCCGACAUAGAGCUCGUCAUGGUCACGUGAGGGCUGCCGUUGGACACCACGAGACAACGGGCGCUGGCCAUCUUUUGAUAGACACAGCCGCAGUUACUGCGCUCGCUCGCGCGCCUACCUUGCUGUAAGACCGCGUUGAAACACCAAGAGGCAGCACCAUGUUUUACAUGCUAGUUGCCCCGCUCCACCGAGCGGUCAAGAUCAAUCGCAUCGUUCUCGACAACCAGAUCUUCCGCCUACACUACAAGGCGACUUCACUGCUGCUGCUCAUGUUCAGCAUCCUCGUGACCAGCACGCAGUACUUCGGCGACCCCAUCGACUGCAUCCAGCACGACUCGGUGCCGGCGAAUGUCAUCCGAACGUUCUGCUGGAUCCACUCUACCUUCAACAUCCCCGCGGCCUUCAACGAGACGGUGGGCGUCAAUGGCGUCCCUCACCCGGGCAUCAACAAGUACACCCCGGACGAAGUUAGACGCUACUACGGAUACUACCAGUGGGUCUGUAUGGUGCUCUUCCUGCAGGCCGGCUGCUUCUAUGUGCCGCGCUACCUGUGGAAGUGCUACGAGCAGGGUCUCGUGCGCAGCCUGGUCCAGGACCUCGACUGCCCCAUCAAAGAGAAUGCUGAAGUGUGCCAGAAGACGGAGACUAUCGCCCGCUACAUGCGUAGCCACUUGGACAUGCACGGCCGCUACUUUGGCUGGUACGUGACCGCUGAGGUUCUCAACUUCGUCAACGUCAUUGGUCAGAUCCUACUGACGGACGCCUUCCUGGGCAACAUGUUCACCACGUUCGGUACCGACGUGCUCAGUCACCACAUCGAGGACCCGGACGUUCGCAACGACCCCAUGAUCUGGGUUUUCCCGCGCGUCACAAAGUGUUCCUUCCACCUGUAUGGUUCGUCCGGAGACGUGAUGAAGCACGACGCAUUGUGCCUGCUGGCACAGAACAUCAUCAACGAGAAGAUCUACAUAUUCCUGUGGUUCUGGUGGGUCAUUCUGGCCGUGCUCACGGGCGUCGAGCUCGUGUACCGACUGAUGACCAUCCUGUUGCCAAGAGUGCGCGAGGUGAUCCUGCGGUAUCGGGCCCGCAUGGCUGACCGGCGCAUGCUCGAGAUGGUCAUCAAGCGCGUGUCCACGUCCGACUGGUUUCUCCUGGACCUGCUCUGCAAGAACAUGAACCCAAUGCACUACCGCGCCUUCAUCAACGAGCUCGCCAAGUCGCUGGAGGACGAGUACGGCAAGAGGCUGCUGGCCGGCGUCGACACGUCCAACACGAGCACCGUGUGAAUGCGACUCGUGACGGGAGCCGCGGCUUGCUGGAAAAGAUAAGAUGGCCUUGUCCGCCAUGUCGUGACAGAACUUGUUUUAAUCAAAGCGCCUUGUUUGUUCCGCGAACCCGACAACCUUGCGCGCGAUAUGACAAGCGUAUAAGAGAUGCCAAAAUCGGUUUGUUUCCAUGUCAUAGGCUCAUGAUAUUUUAGAACCCGAAUCUGUUUCACUGCAGUAGUGGCGUCGUUUUUGUAUUUUUUUCUCUCUCUCUUUUGAAAGUGCAGCUUGAUGCGUUUCGCGCAUGUUUUGUACCGCGGCCUUCCUUGCCAGA